AUGGCAGACCAUGGUAACCCGUGUGAUCCAUCUGAAGCCCCUUUUUGCAUGAAUGGGGGGUCCUGCUUCAAGAUCCCCUCUGUCUCCACGCCCACCUGUAUGUGCAUUGAUAACUACGAGGGAAGCCGAUGUGAGCAGUCCCACAUCUUCCAGGAGAGCAUGGGAUUGGACAGCAAGGAGUCUGGGAUGAUCGCAGCGGUGGUCAUCAUCAUUCUGCUCAUCACGGUGUUGCUAGCUGUCGUGAUCUACUACACCUGCAAGUCAGUUUAGACUGCUCAGCAAAAAGAAACACACACACACACACACACACACACACACACA